AUGACAAUAAAUUUAAUGAAAAGAAUAUUUCCAGGAUGUACAACGUUAGUAAAUCCGUCUCAGUUAGUUAAAAAUCUCGUGCAAGUGCGCUUCAAAAUGACUAAAUCACGACGUUUACGUGCACCAUCCGUUGCAAAACAAAGUGAUAAAUGGGUUCAAAAAAAAACAAUUGGUCGUAUGGAAGCAGACGUUGUUUAUGAUGAAGACUUUGCUAAGCGAAAGCCGGUUGAUCGUGUAUGGUUAGUCAAUGAAUAUCCAACACAAUACUGGCCAGUUGAAACGGCAAUUAAAUGGCAUGCCGAAAUGGCACAACCCGCAAUGUUAAAUUCAAUGGAUAGUUUUGUAUGGGCAAAACUUCGGUUAGAUAUGACAACAAGUAAAAAAACAAAAUUUUUAGAUAAUAUCAGAGGACUUGUUACGUUUCCAAACUAUUUUGAUGAUCGACCAAAAAAAAAUGUUGUACUAUUCUGCAGGUUGCCAGAUCAUCUUAAAGCAGCUGAACGACAGGGUGCAUAUAUGUAUGGCUACAGUGAUUUAAUCAAACAGUUUGAACGUGGUGAUAUAUCAGAUUUGAAUUAUGAAUAUGUACUAUGUGCUCCGGAUGUUUAUGCUGAUAUAUUACAUUUAAGAAAAAAAAUUUCAAAAGAAAAAUUUCCAAAUCCAAACAAUGGUAGUUUACAUCCAAAUGUCGAAAAUAUGUUAGAAAAAUUUAUUCGUGGAAAAGAAUAUGAAUCAACAAAAUAUGAAGAUGCAAAAGCGAUAUUAGAACUUCGAAUAGGCAUUAUUAAUAUGGGUGAAGAAAAAUUAAUUGAAAAUUUAAAAACGCUUAUUCAACAAGUUUGUACACAUCGUGAGACAAAACUCGGUUCAUUUGUUACUUCCUGUUCUCUUUACUGUCCUCCGUCUGUUGAAGAUUUUAAAGUUGAUAUUAAAGAGUAUUUACCGUCAGAUGAAGAUAUCUUGGAUGUGAAAGAAAAAGAAGAAAUAGCGAAAAAAGCUGCUCUAGAUAAAAUUAAAGAAUCUGGUAAAGCGUUUGAUGACGAAGCGUUUAAAUUAGCAUGA